AGAAUAUGCCAAUAUCAGAAAGAAGAAAACUGGAAGUCAACCAGUAGUUCCAUAAGAUUAUAUCAUGGUAGUUCACAAGAUUCAUAUUUUGUCAGCUUGUGCAAAUUUGAAUAUAACCUAUAAAUUCGAUUCUUAUAUUUUCGUUAGCGCCAAAGUUAUCCUAACAGAAUUUAAGUAGUUAUUACUCAAAACUACGUAUUGUGAUUCUUUCGUUAUAAUAUGGCUGAAAAAUUAGAAGAUCUUAAUUUACCGAAUGCUUCAGUGCAAAAGAUCAUCAAAGAAGCCCUUCCCGAAUCUGUAAAUAUUGGAAAAGAUGCAAAAGCAGCACUUUCCAGAGCAGCAUCCGUAUUCAUUUUGUAUAUCACGUCAGAAGCCUCAAAAGGAGCGCAAAAGGAUGGCCGCAAAACACUUUCAGGACAAGAUGUCUUCAAAGCUAUAGAAAAAUUAGAAUUCGAUGAUUUCAUGGAGCCUCUUCAAGAAGUACACAAGUUAUUUAUAGAUGCAAGAAAAGGCAAAAGCAUAAAAAAGAAAAACGUUACUGCCGAAGAUAGUGAAAAAAUAGAUGAACAUGAAGAAAGUGGUGAUGAAGAAUCGAUAGAAUAAUACAAUUGAAGAUAUUGAUGAUAGAUAAUUACCAGAUCGAGAAAUAUAUCAUCAUUGUGUUCUUUUAUUUACUGGAUUUCAUGAUGAAGACAAUGAGUUUAUCAGUUCUCAAAUCAAAUGUGAAACUUUCAGUGAUGAUUUCAAUGAGCAUCACAAAUGAUAUUAAUCAUAUCAUCUGUUAAUAGAUAAUAUUUAUUUA